AAUGUGACAAAUUGUGAAAUGUAUUGAGAAUGACUCACUUACAAACCAAAACGUAUCUUUGGGUUAAGUAGCCUAUAACAAUAAAAUGACAUGCCAGACGCGUUGUUCAUACGUUCCGCGUUGACGUCAGGCUUCCCGAGUCUCCUCAAAGCAUUAUUGGCCAUGUAGUUUUGCAACGCGUAAAAUCCCAGUCCACAACCAACGACCAACGCUUGUUUAUUUACAACAUUUCCCGGUAGUCUUUGCGCAACGAGUUUGCGGGGAGUUCCCGACGCCCGCCGGUCAUUGUAUUUCCUACCGCAGGCACCGCCGCACGCCGACAGCGCGUUUGUACUACGAUACCCAGCAUUCCGCGCGUCAGAGGUAAACAUAGAGCUGUCAAACAACCUCGACGCCAUUUCGAUAACGGCUUUAAAAUGGCAGUAAAAUGCACCUCGCGUAUUUUUCGUCUCUGAAUCAGAAGCUUCACGCGCCUCCCGCGCAUUCGAGCGAGCUUUUACGGACACCUCGAUGACGUCAGAUGGUGAAAAGAUGGAUAUAAGCACGGCUGUGUUUAACGCGGCGAGAGACGGAAAGCUGAAACUCAUCCAGAAGUUGCUCAGCAACAAAAGUCCAGAGGAGCUGGAGGCGCUGGCAGAGGAGAAGACUCAGGGCGGGACGCCGCUCCUCAUCGCCUCGCGCUACGGACACCAGGAGGUGGUUGAUUACCUGGUCGAGCACUGCAAGGCCAACGUGGAGCUCGGCGGCUCCGUGAACUUUGACGGCGAGACGAUCGAGGGCGCUCCGCCGCUGUGGGCGGCCUCCGCGGCGGGACACCUGAGCGUGGUGAAGACGCUCCUGAAGCACGGAGCUUCCGUCAAUAACACCACCCUGACCAACUCCACACCCCUGAGGGCCGCGUGCUUCGACGGGCACCUGGACAUCGUGCGCUACCUGGUGGAGCACCACGCCGACAUGGAGGUGGCGAACCGCCACGGCCACACUUGCCUGAUGAUCUCCUGCUAUAAGGGCCACAGGGAGAUCGCCAAGUUCCUGCUGGAGCGCGGGGCCGACGUCAACCGAAAGAGCGUAAAGGGCAACACGGCGCUGCACGACUGCGCCGAAUCCGGGAGUCUGGAGAUCAUGAAGAUGCUGCUGAAGUGCAACGCGUGCAUGGAGAGGGACGGCUACAGCAUGACUCCUCUGCUGGCGGCCAGCGUCACCGGGCACACCAACAUCGUGGAGUAUCUCGUGCACCAGCCACGCGCCACCCGAGAGGAGCGCAUCGAUGCCCUGGAGCUGCUGGGGGCCACGUUCGUGGACAAGAAACGCGACCUGUUGGGUGCCAUGCGCUACUGGCGGAGGGCCAUGGAGCUGCGUCAGGAGGGCGACAAGGCCGGAUUUCUGGCCAAGCCUCUUCCGGGUCCACCCGUGCUGGCGUACGACUGCGCCCGGGAGGCGUGCACGGCCGAGGAGCUGGAGGCGCUCGUCACGGACCCUGACGAGAUGAGGAUGCAGGCCCUGCUAGUGAGGGAACGGAUCCUAGGCCCUUCGCACCCCGACACUUCAUAUUACAUUCGAUACCGGGGCGCCGUCUACGCCGACUCGGGCAACUUCGAGCGCUGCAUCAGCCUGUGGAAGUACGCGCUGGACAUGCAGCAGAGCAACCUGGACCCUCUGAGCCCCAUGACGGCCAGCAGCUUCCUCUCCUUUGCCGAACUCUUCUCCUUCGUGCUGCAAGACCGGGCCAAGGGCACCCUGGCCACCCGCGUCACCUUCCGGGACCUGAUGGGUGUUCUGGGUAAGAGCGUGCGAGAGGUGGAGCGCGCCGUGGCGCAGCGGGACAGUCCUCCGGAGGCGCCGCAGUUCACCAAAGCCCUGGCCAUCAUUCUGCACCUUGUCUUCCUGCUGGAGAAGCUGGACUGCACCCCUGAACAAGAGCACCAGAAGAGGCAGACCGUCUACCGGCUGCUGAAGCUCAACCCCAGGGCGAGGAACGGCCACACGCCUUUGCACAUGGCUGUGGACAAGGAAACCACGUCUGUGGGACGCUACCCGGUGGGCCGCUUCCCGUCGCUGGCCGUGGCUGGGCUGCUGCUGGAAUGCGGUGCCGACGUGGACUCCCGAGACUGCGAGAACAACACGCCGCUGCACGUGGCUGCCGCCAACGGUUGCCCUGACAUCAUGGCGGCGCUCGUCCGGGCCGGGGCGCAUUUUGACGCCACCAACACCCAGCGCAAGUCGCCGUACGAGCUGCUGGACGAGCGAAGCGGCGGGCGGCAUGCUCUUAACCCGCUGAACUACGUCACCCUGCAGUGUCUGGCGGCCCGUGCCAUUGAGAAGCACAGGCUUCCAUACAAAGGGCUCAUCUCAGAAGAAAUGGAGGCGUUCAUCGAGCAGCACUGACGUCACGUCAUUACCUCUGCUAGAGCUCAGGCCGGGUGUUAAACGAAGCAAUAAUCCCCCCCCCACACACACACGGGGUUAAUAAUGUCUAACUGUCUCUUUCAAGGGCUUGUGGGAAAAUGAAAUCAACUCUGGACGCAUGCAGUGUGUGACAGAACACGUCAUCUCAUGUACUUUUUGUUUCCUUUGUGAGCUGUAAAUGAACUAUUUGAGCAGUUUGUGUUGGGUUUUAUUCUUUCAUUGAAGAUGCUAUGAUCUGUUUUCGGUGUGGAAAAGGAUGGAUAAACUGGUGGCAGGAGCAGAAGUGAUCUGUCAGGCUCUGUCACUUUCAUUUGUGUUUUUUUCCCCGGUUUUCUGAUCCUGACGAAGGCUGAAGCCCGUGGUGCCAAACGGCAGCCUUACACCAUCACCUUUUCUAACAAUGUGUAUUUGAACGUAUGUGCCUGUGGUUUUCAUGUAUUUUUAUGGUGUGAAUGAAUUGUGUUCUCCGC